AUGUUGGAGUUGGAAUGCCACCCCCGCUGGGAUCUGGGCGACCACCAUGAGUGCCGCGAGGAUCUCCUUUUCCUCCUUCCUCACCCUCUCUUCUUACCACCCCAUCUCCCUCUCUGCCUCCUACUCUUUCUCCCAGAUCUUGGUGGUGGUGGCAGGAGGCACACACGGUCGACAGGCGGCGCUGCCUUGUCGGCGUCCUCGUCGAUGUCUUCCGCUACGGGGAUUUGGCGGCGUCAAGGGGUGGAGCACUGGCCGCCCCCAUCCGGUGGUGUCAGGCGCUAG